AUGAGAACCAGACCCUAUGUAUUCUUGGCGAACCUUGCCGUGGCUGACCUUAGUGUGGGUAUUUUCUGUGUUUUACCAAGUCUGUCUACGUUUUUAUCACCAGUAUGGCUGCUAGGAAAGAUUAUGUGUAAGGUAUAUUAUUUUGUACAAGGGAUGAGUUAUAUGACAUCUAUAUUGCUACUAACUGUGAUAUCAGUAGAACGGUUUGUGGCCACCAUGUUUCCUCUACAAGCAAACCAGAUUUUUACACCGCGCAGAUUAGUUUUAGCCCAGGGACAAGUUCGCCAUUUUUUGACUAAUCAUGCCUUAGACUCAGAAACGGGAAUUUGUUUUAGCUAA